GAUGAACAUCAUCACCAUCGAACAUGCUGGGAAACGAUAGCAUUGAUAUCCUGGGCAGCAGCCCCUUUCUGCACAAGUUGUAUACCCAAUUGUGCAUUAUCUUUGCUACAUCCGAGCCAUCAUCCGAUAUUAUCGAUACCCUAAGAGAUGGACUUGACAGACUCGCAGAAGGGUUCCCAUGGCUUGCUGGAACAGUCAUUAACGAAGGCGCCACUGAAGGCGUCACGGGUACUUACCGAAUUUUACCCUCGAACGAAAAGAUUCCUCUGGUUGCGAAGGACCUUCGUGGUGACGAGUCUGCACCGACCCUGGAGGGUCUUCGACAAUCGAAUUACCCCUUCAGCAUGCUCGACGAGAAGAUUAUUGCUCCGUGUUUGACUCUCAAUCUUCCUGGCAAUACCAUUGGGUUAGCUGCAACAUCAGCGCCCGUCCUUGCCGUACAGGCGACCUUCAUCACUGGCGGCCUCAUGCUAACGGUGGUGGGCCAACACAAUGUCAUGGAUAUGACGGGGCAAGGACACAUUAUCGACCUGCUCUCCAAGGCUUGUCACAAUCAGCCAUUCACUGCCGAGGAGCUUUCCAUUGGUAAUAUGGAUAGGAGCAAGACUAUCACCCUUUUGGAGGACCCAUUUGACCCUGCCGUGGAGCUCAAGCAUCAGUUGGUGAAACCACCCUCACCUGACAAGAAGAUUGGCGACACCACAACUCCACCGCCGUCUUCUUGGGCCUACGUGACCUUCUCAGCCAGCUCUCUGGAGGCUCUCAAAACACAAGCAACCCAGACCGAACAUUCUUCAAGGGCCUUCGUCUCGACCGAUGACGCGGUAUGCGCUUUCAUUUGGAAAUGCACAGCUCGGGCACGUCUGCACCGCCUCGACCCCGGUUCUGAAUCUGCCUUUGCACGAGCAGUUGACCUUCGUCAACGUAUGGGCAUUCCUAGAACGUAUUUGGGUAUGUUUCAGAAUAUGGCAUACAACAAAGACAGUCUGCAACAUCUAGCGGAGCAACCAUUGGGGGCAAUCGCAUCUCAGCUUCGCCGAAAGCUGGAUCCUACUGUCGUCGACUUGGCCUAUAACACCCGCGCUCUAGCUACAUUCCAAGUCCGGUCGGCAGACAAGACAAAAACUUCUGCUACAGCAUGUGUGGAUUCUUCAUCUGGCAUUAUGUUGAGCUCGUGGGCUAAGAUCAACACCUUUGAGCUUGACUUUAAUUUGGGGCUUGGCAAACCAGAGGCUGUUCGCCGGCCAGCCUUUGUUCCAGUCGAGUCUCUGAUUUAUAUAAUGCCCAAGUCACCGAAUGGAGAGAUGGCCGUUGGAAUCUGUCUGAGAGAUGCGGAUUGGGAGAGAUUGAAAGCUGACGAGGAGUGGGCGAAGUACGCCGCUUAUGUAGGCUGAUCAUAUGUUUUUCUCAUGAAUGACAACUAGACAUGUCCUUAGCAAAUAUAGAAUUUUGACAUUUGUUCAUAAGUGAU